AUGCAAUCAUACUUGAAGGCAUUUGAUCUAUCAGAGGUGGUUGAGCUUUUGGGGGAUCCUCAAGUCCAACGAUAUGCUAAUCUGACACUGGUGCAAAUCAAGCAGCACAGUGAAAAAGUUGUAAAGAGGUAUAAAGCUCUCUCAUGUCUUCAAUAUGCAGUUUCAUAUUCAAUAUUUACUAGAAUUAUAAACUUUGAUGAUUCCAAGCAAGUUUGGGAUAUCUUGAGAGAGGAAUUUCAAGGGAAGGGUGGAGAAUUCAUCAUUGUGAUUUCAAAUAUGCUUUUUCUUAAUGGUCUUCUAUUUGAAGAAAUCUUUAUUGAACAUCUUGAAGGCUAUGAAGUGAAGGGGAUAGAAGCUACAAAAAAGAUCAUUAGGUAUGUCAAAGGAACAUUGGAUUAUGGUUUAAAGUACUUGACACAAGAGAGCAGUGAGCUUCAAGGUUACUGUGAUAGCGAUUGGGCUGGCUCUGUAGAUGAUUCCAAGAUCAUAGGAGUUAACCAUGCUCAAUGGCUAAGGAAAGUGGUGAUUGAUAUGGGAUUCAUGCAAAUUAAAGGCACAUUGCAUUAUAUGGAUAAUCAAUAA